GGGGCUUGGCGUUCCGCCUUAAGCGGCCAAACGUCUCGGAUCGGGCCCGCGUGCUUCUCCGUAGUUUUCUCCACUCCAUUGGGCCAACAGCAGAGCUCUUCAAGCGAGCAAAGCCCAGCUCUUCGCUGUCCGAUCCGCGUCCCCUCCUCCGCGGCCUCCCCACCUGAACCUCCUCUUGGGAGAGGGAGGCGCGGCGGCCUGCAACGCCUCGACUCCAGCGCAGAGCGGCAGCGGCUCCUCCUCUUUCUCCCAGGCAGGGCUGCGGCAGAGGCGGUGCUUGCCAGUGGCCGGUCCGCUCGCCGCUCUGCCGCCGCCGGUUGAGGAGCUUCCUUGGGCCGAGCCGGGAGAAGGAGUCAUCCAUGAUAGCGACGUGUCGCUUUGGAGGCGCCGGGAGAUGCACUAGGCCGCGACGACGCCUUGGCGUUUUCCACGGCCCUUCCUGCUUCUACUGCUGCUGCAGGUACAAGUUAUGUUGCAGGGUGCACAUAUUUCUGCUACAAAAUGUGAGAUGACAAGAAAAUCAUGGGAGCAGUUUCAUGCAUAUACAGAUACUGAUAUAACUAUCCUGUCUCCUGGAAAUGAAAAACUUGGAAACAGUCAUGUAUGGUGCAGUUCUGCUAUAUUUUUAAUUAAUGGAACUGGAAGAGAUAUGAGGUCUGCCUUAUUGGGAGAUUCAUGGAGUUCUGUCAUUAAGUACUUAUCCAGUGGUGACUUUAUGCAAUGGCCUCAAGCCACCGGUCUUCACCAGUGCCUCAGUCAAAGAGCAAUGAUGCGUUCUUUAAAAAGGAAAUGGAUUCUGCCAAACGCUUUCGACCAGUGCAGUCGCUGCCGGAUGUAUGUCCCAAGGAACCCACAGGUGAUCGUAGUAGUUUAUGUGACAGCCCAUCUUUAGUUGCGGAUCAGCACAGAUGGACCAUCUAUCAUUCCAAAGUAAAUCUCCCAGCAGCACUAAAUGAUCCUCGAUUAACAAAAAGGGAAUCUGAUUUCUUUACAAAAACAUGGGGACAGGAUUUUGUGGACAUAGAAAUUGUGCCUUCACUCUACCUCCCACAGAUCAACAAGGAACAUUUUGCAGCAUACCAACAGGAAAUUGUUCAGAAAGAGAAGAUUCAUGAGAAAUGCAAGGCCAUUUGUCCUCCUAAAGAUAUUUUUGACAGGACACUGUUACAUACUCAUGAUAAAUCCAGGACAGAUCUGGAGCAAGUACCUAAGAUUUUUAUGAAACCAGAUUUUGCCUUGGAAGAUCCCUUAACAUUUAAUGCAGUAUUACCUUGGUCUCAUUUUAAUACUGCUGGAGGAAAAGGAAGUCGAGAUGCAGCUUCCUCAAGGUUGCUUCAGGAAAAGCUGAGCCACUAUCUGGAUAUUGUAGAAGUAAAUAUUGCUCAUCAGAUCUCUCUCCGCUCAGAAGCAUUUUUUCAUGCAAUGACCUCCCAGCAUGAACUGCAAGACUACCUCAGGAAAACCUCCCAAGCUGUAAAAAUGCUUCGAGAUAAAAUAGGCCAAAUUGAUAAAGUCAUGUGUGAAGGUUCUCUUAAAAUUUUAAGAUUAUCACUGACUAAAAAUAACUGUAUAAAAGCAUAUAAUAAGCUAAAGUUGAUGGCAACCGUGCACCAAACUCAACCUACUGUGCAGCUAUUGUUGUCCACUUCUGAAUUUGUUGGAGCAUUAGACUUAAUUGCAACAACACAGGAAGUAUUACAGCAGGAACUCCAGGGCAUUCAUAGUUUCCGACAUCUUGGAUCACAACUCUGUGAAUUAGAAAAACUCAUAGAUAAAAUGAUGAUUGCAGAAUUUUCUACCUAUGCGCACAGUGACUUAACUAGACCUUUGGAGGAGGAAUGUCACAUUCUAGAAGAGGAAAGACUUGUGUCACUAGUGUUUGGACUUCUAAAACAAAGGAAGCUGAAUUUUUUUGAAAUAUAUGGAGAUGAAAUUAUUAUUACAGCAAAGAAUAUAAUUAAGCAGUGUGUGGUUAAUACAGUAUCACAGAUAGAAGAAAUAGACACAGAAGUGGUUGUUAAACUUGCAGAUCAAAUGAGGAUGAUGAAUUUUCCACAGUGGUUUGAUUUGCUGAAGGAUGUUUUUUCAAAUUUUAUUAUCUUUCUCAAGAGAAUUAAGGCAACAAUAAAUGUCAUCAGAAAUGUUGUUCUCUUGGUUCUAGACAAGAACCAAAGGAGCAAGGAAUUGGGGGAUGCUUCUAUACAGAAGAAUGCUGUGAAGGAGAACACCAUAGACACAGAAGUGGCUUAUCUGACUCAUGAAGGCAUGUUCAUAAGUGAUGCCUUCAGUGAAGAUCUUCCAUCCAAGGAAGCUGAUUCUGUUUCACAGAGAAACCUUUCCCCAGACAGUGAGCCCAGCAGUAGUGACUCUGUUUCUGAGCCUGAAUGUACCACUGAUUCCUCAUCUAGCAAGGAACAUACUUCAUCCAGCAUUACACCAGGUGGAACUGACAUAAUGAUUAGUGAGGACAUAAAGCUGUCUGAAUUGGAACUGGGUAGAUUAGCAAAUAACAUCCAGGAACUUCUUUACAGUGCCUCUGAUAUUUGCCAUGAUCGUUCUGUCAAGUUCCUCAUGGCUAGAGCAAAGGAUGGGUUCCUGGAAAAAUUGAAUUCUGCAGAGUUUGUUGCCCUUUCACGACUGAUGGAAACUUUCAUCUUGGAUACAGAACAGAUCUGUGGCAGGAAGAGUAUGUCAUUGCGUGGUGCGCUUCAGAGUCAAGCUAACAGAUUUGUGAACAGAUUCCAUGAGGAAAGAAAGACUAAACUUAGCCUCCUGCUAGAUAAUGAGCGCUGGAAGCAAGCUGAUGUUCCUGCUGAGUUUCAAGAUCUUGUUGAUUCUAUAUCUGAUAGCAAAAUUGCUUUACCAGAAAAAAAAGCAGUAGCACCUGAGGAAAGAAAGCCAACUGACUUCCUUAUUGUUGAUGGACAAAAAUAUGCUGUAGUUGGGACGGUAUUGUUACUAAUUAAAAUCAUCCUUGAGUAUUGCCAGUGUGUGGAUAACGUCCCUUCCAUAGCUACUGAUAUGCUUACUCGCCUGUCUGAUUUACUGAAGUAUUUCAAUUCAAGAAGUUGUCAACUUGUUCUUGGAGCGGGUGCAUUGCAAGUGGUUGGCUUGAAAACAAUAACUACAAAAAAUUUAGCUCUCUCAUCACGCUGCCUGCAGCUGAUAGUACACUACAUUCCUGUUAUCAGAGCUCACUUUGAAGCUCUCCUGCAGCCGAAACAGUACAGCAUGCUUAGGCAUUUUGACCAUAUAACCAAGGAUUAUCAUGACCACAUAGCUGAAAUUUCGGCAAAGCUUGUAGCCAUAAUGGAUAGUUUGUUUGACAAGCUACUCUCCAAGUAUGAGGUAAAGGCCCCUGUUCCUUCCACCUGCUUCAGGAAUAUUUGUAAACAAAUGGCAAAGAUGCAUGAAGCAAUAUAUGACCUUCUUCCUGAAGAGCAAACACAGAUGUUGUUUUUAAGAAUUAAUGCAAGCUGCAAAUUUCACUUGAAGAGGCAGUUGGCUCACUUAAAUGUAGUCAAUGAUGGAGGACCUCAACAUGGAUUGGUUACAGCAGAUGUAGCGUUUUACACUGGAAACCUCCAAGCUUUGAAAGGGCUUCAAACCUUAGACUUAAACAUGGCUGAAAUAUGGGAACAGAAGAGGUGAUAAUCCAGUGAAAGAUGCCUCUUGGCAUGGAUAUUCUUCUUUGCAGAAGAUUACCUGGAACCUAGAAAAGGAGAGCCUCUGGAAAUACGAUGUGAAACUAACUACAGGAAUGACUUUGAGAGAGUCCCUUGGUAAAGAAAGAAGUGAUUGGUUCUUUGUGCAAUUUCUUCAUUCUUUCUGGAACCAGGCUCAGGUUUCUUUGGACCAAAUCCAAAAGAAUACAUAGCUGUAACACAGCUGUUGUUGGCUAGAGAGUGCUCUGUAUAUCUUUAUAUUAAAAAGAUGCUUUGCAUUUCCUCUAGUGCAAUGAAAUUCACAUGGUGUCUCACCGUUAUUUAAUGAUGGUAGUUUGAAAAUUCUUGCUGUUGAAUUCUAGAAAAUGUUUUCACUAUAAAACUAUACAGUUAAAUUAUUUUUUUACAGAUGUUUCUAUAAAGUCUUGAUUACCUACAUAGAUUUGAAUUUAUUAGGGUGCAUUCAUGUUCCAAAGUAUUUCUUGCAAUUUUUCCUCAUAUUGCCACCAGAGGACAAUAUUUUAAAUAACUUUCCAAUCUUGAAAUAGAAGCUGGAGAAUUUGCCUUUGUUUCUUAUAAUGGCAAGCUAGCAAGACGGUUAGAGCUGCUUUGGUUAUGAUGACCUAGGGUGUGUAAUUUUAACUUUUGAGUACUUAUAAGAACCUUUUCCAUGGAUUAUAAAUCUGCCAGUUUCCAUAUAAUCCUUGCCUCCCAUUUUCUCACACCUGCCCAUCCAGGUAAAGAUGUUUUAAAAGGUAAAUGUGUAGUCAGACCUACACUCACAAUAUCAGCAGUAGAUGACGUAUGACUAACUUAUGCUACCUUACAGGCUGGUACCUGCCUGUAUUAAGUAAUGAAGUGCCUGCGUAUUUCACUUCACAACAUUUUUACCUAAACCCAGUGAGUGCCUACUCUCGUGAUGAUUAUGUUCAAUGAUACAGUCUGUGUUUUGUGUGCCUAUACUUUCUUCAAACGGGCAUGCCUAUUCUGUUAACGUUAGCAGAAGUCAUUGUCAAUCAAAAUAAAGCUGUAAAAAUAA